CCUGCCCUCUGUCGAAUAAUUUAAAAGUCUUAAAGAAAUAUUUUAUCACAGAUAAAAAGGUCUUAAAUCACAGAGUUAAAUUUCGUAGUCUGUGCUUAAAUUAAAAUCAGUAUAUACACAAAAAGGAUAUUUCAUUUGUAAUGUUACUAACAUUAAAAAGUGACUCUAUUUUUAUUUUUAUUCUGUCAAAAAAUUGCAACAAUAAAUUUACUUUAACUUUCUUAUUCACUGUAAUAAGCGCUGUGAUCUAUUUCAAUAUUCUACGAAAAUACAUUGGAUGUGAAGUCUAUUCUUAUAUUUCGUUUGUGGUAAUAUUUACAACUGAUUGCAAAUAAUCUAUAACAGCGUAAAAUGACAUAAUGCACGUAUGGAAUACAUAUGAUAGUAAAUAAAUUUAUUAAAGGAAUUUAUUACAUUUUUAAUUAUACACUUUUAAAACGGUUUCAAUACAAUUAUUAUAAUUAAGUAGACAAUUUUAUUAUGUUUUAAUUAUGUUUUAUUUUUAUCGUUAUUAUUAUUAUGUUUCAUAAUAGAAUGUAUUAUGUUAAUAAAGAUAAAAUAAUUUAACACAAUAUGAACAUUGAUAAUACUAGUAACAAUACUAAUGACAAUAGUAGGCCAGUAACACCAUUAGAAGAAGAUUGUUGUCAUAAUGGAUGUAACCCUUGCAUUUUCGAUGUACAUGCAAAAUUAUUGGAAGAGUGGAAAAAGAAGAAGAAAGGAAAUAUGAAGACUCAAAUUAGAACAAAUUUAUUAUGUCCAUUUUCAUAUAAAAAUUUUAUAAUUACUGAUAUAAAAGAAGCUGCAGAAAAUUAUAUUUUACUUUCUGUGAAAUAUCAAGAAAAUGAAAUAAAAAACAAUGUAAAAUUAUUAAUUAAACCAGGACAUCAUGUAAUGUUACACUUACAAGAAGCAACUAGAUCAUUUACUCCAAUCCAUUUUACAGACGAUAAUAUUCAAUUUUUGAUUAGGCUUUAUGAUAAUGGAAAAUUUAGUACAUGUAUAAGACAUGCAAAAAUAGGUGAUGAAAUUCGUAUCAGAGGACCAUAUGGAAACUUCAAAUAUAAAUGUAACAGUUUUCAGAAUAUAAUUAUGUUUUGUAUGGGAUCUGGAAUAACUGCAAUGUAUCCUGUAGCAAAAUCAAUUAUAGACAAUGAACUUGAAGAGACAAGGAUUCAUUUCAUUGGGUGUUUUCAAAAGAUGUCACAAGUUCCUUUGAAAAAAGAAUUGCAAAUUUUCUCUGAUUAUUGGAAUUUCAAAUGUACACUGUAUAUAUCACAAUUGCAAAAUGAAAUUCAUAAUCUUCAUGGUAUAAAUAUAAAAUGUGGUCAUUUAAAUGAAGCGUCAGUCCACCAAAUUCUUAGAGACAAUACAAGCGAUACAACAUUGGUUUUAAUAUGUGGUUCUCAAGAAUUUGACAACUCUAUUAAACAAUGGACAAAUGAAAUGGAUUACAAAUGUAUACAUGUGUUUGAAUAAAUAAGCUGUCAAAUAAAAAGUUAUUUAAUGUAACAUGAUAUAUUUUCCUCACAGUGUGGACAGGUACCAUGAAUAUGACCAAAUACACUAUGAUUACCAGGAACAGCUUGUAGCCACUGAAAUAUAAAUGUUUAUAAACAUUAUAUUUAUAUUAUUGUUUAUAAAUUACAACACAAUCAUCUCUUGAUUUAUAUGGCUUUGUCUUUUUUUUCUACAGUAAAUAUUUCCUUUUGCAU